UGGAGGAGGGAGGAAGGACCCUGGAGGACGGAGGAUGUAUGACGCAGGGGGAAAAAAGGAAACCCCACGCAUUUUGCAAUUGCUGCGGCUAUUCAACUUACGCACGCCGUCCACUGGCUUGCGGCGUGGCCAUGUUUCCUUUGUACAGCUCGAGGCCGACCUCGGGAAGGAAAACAGCGAACCGAGAGCUGACUAAGACAGAGAACGCCCCGCCAGAACAGAGCUUCAGCCCUGGACGACCUCGCAGUCCCAGGUGGCCAGUUGUCGGGGGCGCCAAGGGUCAAUCCCCAUAACACUAAAUUCUGCCCCUGGCCGGGCUCAUCCUGGGCCAUAGAAAGAUCGUGGGAUCCGCCUUCGUGGCUUCGCCAGAAGCGGCGUGCCAACCGAUUCUGGGACCCAACGAUGGGCCCGGCCAGGGUCGCACGCGAUGGCUCACGCCAUGGCUCACGCCACGUGCCAGUGCGGCACACUGCGCGGAAGAGAAGGCGCGUUCGCACAACCUUGCCCAGUCGUGCUGCGAGGACCUGCGCACUGGUUUCUUGACGCCGCAAUCGUCACGACCUGCGCCUUGGUCUCCUUGACCAGAUCGGCUCGUGGGAACAUCGCCAUCGAAUCGGGUCGAGCCAACCAGAGACGAUAUCAAGUCGAAUCGAGCGGAGAAACGGGCAUUGGCCCGAGGAGGAAGAGCAAGAGGAGGAGGAGGAGCAGGAGGAGCAGGAGGAGGAGGAGGAGGACAAGACAAGACAAGACGCUUGGGGAGACGAUCCUCAGCAGCAGCAGCACUACCGCUUGGGCUCUUCUGACCUCCCUGCGAAGAAUAUGGAAGCAGGGCCGAGGAUCGAGCACGAACAAGAUCCCGCGGCCUGCCCAGACGACCCUGUGGGCUCUCUGCCUCCACGCCCCCCGCCCCC